AUGUCUCUCCAGACCCCCCGCAUCCUCCCCGCCCACCUGAACGCCUUCCACCCCUCGAGCUCCGGCCCGCGCUCAACACACACGGUCCGCAUUUUGGGCACCGUGACCGCGCUCCGUGGUGACACAGCGACAAUCGCAUGUGGUACUAAUGGCGAUGUGACACUGAUUCUCAAGCCGGACUCGCAUCUGCAAAUGGGGAAGCUUGUUGAAGUUGUGGGGAAGGUUGCUGAUCUUGAGGGUGGACAGGGUCUUGGUAUUCGGGUACUUGGAACAACGGACUGGGGCAACCCCGCCGAUUGUGACUACAAGAUCUACGAGCAGGUCGUCGAGGCUACGCACCGUUUCAAGAGUAUUUUCUACGAUGCCGAGUAAUUGUGCCGGGUAAUUGAUACCCACGGGAACGGGGACGAAUUUACAUG